CUUAUUUCCUGUGAUAGAGCAGAAGCUCACAGACACAAGUUCUCCGUUUCCUUGACUUGACUUGUUUUUCUGGAUUCCACCCUUGGGCUCUCCUUGGAGGCCAGCUCACCUGCUCAAUCAGGCCAUUUUGGAACCAAGAGCUGUGUUCAGCACUCAGUGUUGACACAACAAUUUGAGUUAUGUGGAGAUUUCUUUAAAGAUAAACAGACCCGUUGCGUCCCAGAGUCCCAGAAGCUGCCUGACCUGGAGCCGGCCACCAUGACCAGCCAGUCUCAGGGCAUCCACCAGCUCCUCCAGGCCGAGAAGAGGGCCAAGGACAAGCUUGAGGAAGCCAAGAAGAGAAAAGCCAGGCGAUUGAGGCAAGCCAAGGAGGAGGCAAUGGCAGAAAUCGACCAGUACAGGAUGCAGAUCGAUCAGGAGUUCCGACAGAAACAGGCUAAGAUAAUGGGCUCACAGAGUAACAUCUCAGAAGAAAUAGAAGCACAAGCACUGGGGAAGAUAAAAGAACUGAGUAGAAGCUACAGCAAUUCCAUGGAAAGUGUGAUCAACCAGAUUUUGGGCAUGGUCUGUGAUGUGAAACCAGAAAUCCACGCAAACUAUAGAAUCGACAACUAAACAUGAAUCCUGUUCUGCAAUAAACAGUAUAUACAUGC